AUGGGAUGGCGGCUUUCUGUACUGACUGUAAGUUUGACAUUUACCAUAAAUAACCCAUGGGAAAUAAAGGGAAAUUCUGAUUUCAGAAACAAAGCACGAUACAUAAUAAAUGUGACCUCGAAUCUUCCAAACACAUUCGAAGAUAAUCCUGCGUACCAUUAUUUGAGAAUCUCCGUUGACGACAACAGCUCCCAUAAUCUCUCACAGUAUUUCCCUGCCAUUGCAUUCAUUGAUGCAGCCGCUCGUUCUGGUGAUGCUUGUCUUGUGCACUGCCUAGCGGGCAUUUCGCGCAGUGUCACAAUAUGCCUCGCUUAUCUCAUGGCCAAGAACAAAUGGAGCUUGGAAGACGCAUACGAUUUGGUAUUGCGCAGAAAUGCGAGCAUUGCUCCAAACUUUCAUUUUAUGGGACAACUUACGGAGUACGAACGGCAACUAGGAGUGCGAGGUGUGAAUGUGGGGGUAAGUAGAUCCUGA